AUGGGUUCCGUUGUCAUCGAUGCAGAGCGUUCAGUGGCCAACAUCUUCAACUCCACCGUCGCAGGCUGGGCCAUAGGCGCUGCGUGGGAACUCGGAAUUCUGGACCAAAUCAAGAACAACAAGCAGCUGCACGAGGAGACGUUUGCGUCGCAGCAAAAUCUACACAUCGGAUCUACAAAAGGCCUGGUAGCCUCACUGGUUGUCGUUCAUGUACUAGAGCGAGACGGCGACGUCGUCGCCGCCGGCCCGCUGUUCGACGAGGCAUAUCGUACAAAAUCGCUCUUCCACUGGCUCAGCCUGGGCUCCGGGGCGCUCUUCUCGCAGAUGCAGUGCGUUGUACGCAAUGAGAACCGCAAAGGGGACAACUAUUACACGCGCGAUACUGCCGCCAUAGCGUAUGCCUGCCGGGAUAUUAAUCGCCAGCACUUUGAUCCCGCAUUUUGGGCGGCCAUGGAUGGGCUAGACUACAAGUUCACGUCCGUGGUUGACCUCGGUUGCGGCAGCGGCGAGCGGCUGAUGCAAAUCCUUGAUCGCUUUCCCAACACCACUGCCGUUGGUGUUGAUCUGGCUAGUCCGGCUCUCAAGGUGGCCGCGGCCGAGGCAGCGCAACGUGGCUACAGCAAUCGUCUGACCUUCAUGGAGGGUGAUGCUCGGGAAAUGGAGCAUCAAGACGAGUUUAAACAAGUAGACCUGUUGACGUGCUUCAUGAUGGGGCAUGAUUUCUGGCCCCGAGAAAAUUGCAUAAAGACGCUGAAGCGCUUACGCGAGGUGUUUCCGAAAGUGAGGAGGUUCCUCCUGGGGGAUGCCACGAGAAUAUUGCUAAACACCAAGGGGUCGGAUGGGGCUGUUACCGAGGAUACUUUGCCGAUUUUUACUUUGGGUUUUGAACUCGGCCAUGAGAUGAUGGGAGUUUACCUUCCUACUAUCGACGAAUGGGACGGGGUUUUUGAUGAGGCUAAUUGGUCGUGUGUGAGGAAGCAUCGCAUAGAAUCGCUGACAUUAUCAGUUGUAUUCGAGCUAGAACAUGCAUGA